CUCGUCACGGUAGCAGCAAAUUUGCCCGCCGCCUCCUCUGUCGGGUUGGAGGCAGAAAGUGAAGAAAGGAACUGUGUUUUGGAAUCGAAGCCAUCGCCGAUGUCUGUUUCAUCGAAUUCCUCAGCAUUUGCGGUGUCCUGAUUCAAUCACUUUAGUGGUGGUUGGACCAGUAAUCCCUCCUGACCUGACCAGGUUGAGCAGUACCCCUUAAAACCAUACUUUAAGUCUUUAAGCCUUUAGGUUUUUGAAUGAAUUAAACUACACAAGGUACUAUGGAGAACAAGCGCUGCAAAUUCUGGCUUCCAAACAAAAACAGAUUUUGUGCUCUCUGCCCUCUCAAUGGUUCCUUAUUCUGUGGAAAUCACAACUCAAGGUCCCAAGGCGAGUGGAUCCCAUGCCCCAUAGAUCCAUCCCACUCGGUGCUAGAGCAAAAUCUCAAAGGGCAUGUUAAGCGGUGUCCAUUGCUGAAACAUGCUCAAUCCUUGUCUCUCCAACCUUUCUAUCGUAAAGGUAUCAAUGCUGGUUCUGAUGGAGAGGAGGAAACAUCUGGGGUUGAUGAUUCAGGAGUGCCCACUAUGACAGUUUCUUCAGAAAUGAAGAGGAAUGCACUUCAUGAGAUGAGUGUACCUGAAUUUUUCAAUUUGAUUGAAAAGAUAGAAUUUCUUCACGAGUCAUUGUGUAAGGAUAUUCAGGACUCAAUUCAGAUGCCAGAGGUUUGCAGCCUCUGGAUUAAAAGAGGAGUUGAAGAUAGGAAAUUGCCAUUUCAAGAGAAACAUAUAAUGCAGCAGGCAUCUAUUCUGGGAAAUUUGGAAAACAUUGGUGUACUGAAGAAUUCUCUUGGAAGGAAACCAUUUGAGUGUACAGAACCAGUUGAGAAGGAGGAGGAGGAUGUCCCUUCAGUGAUUGAGUUUGGAGCUGGUAGAGGGUAUUUGACAAAAAUGCUUGCAGAUUGUUAUGGAAUCAAAAGAGUCUUUCUAGUUGAGAGAAAGGCAUAUAAGUUGAAGGCUGAUCGAUCAUUGCGACAAAAUGAGAGCUUGAUGUUAGAGCGUUUGAGAAUUGACAUUGAAGAUUUAGAUUUGAAUGCUGUUGAGUCUUUGCAAGGAGUUCCAUUUCUGGCGACUGGUAAACAUCUAUGUGGAGCUGCAACAGAUUUAACUUUGAGAUGCUGCUUUCCUGAAUAUAGAAAAGAUAGUAGUCAACAGAACACUGCUAAUAAGUUUGGAGGUUUAGCUAUAGCAACAUGUUGUCACCACCUUUGCCAGUGGAAACACUAUACAAAUAAAAGGUUUUUUCUGGAUUUGGGGUUAACAAAGGAAGAAUUUCAUGCCAUUACAUGGUUUACCAGCUGGGCAGUAGAUGCUAAUCAUGAUGAUUCAGAUCUUCCAGAUACUACCAAUUGUAGAUCACAUUUACAAUCAAUAAAGGAGCAAGGUGAUGGAUUUGUGAUCGGAGUUGAAAAAAUUCUCUCAGACAUGCAAGCAGAUAGACGAGCAGCACUGGGAUUUAAGUGCAAGUGGAUUAUUGAUAUGGGGAGGUUGAUGUGGUUAAGAAAACAUGGAUUAGAUGCAAAGCUUGUCAGAUUUGUUCCACCUAGUAUUUCUCCUGAAAAUCAUUUGCUAUUGGCUAGACCUUCAAAUCAAUUAUGAAAUGUUUAUUUCAUUCUCUCUUUUUUUUUUCUUCCUGAUUUUAUCCCUGGUGACAAUAUGUUAGAUUUCUUGUUAGGUGAUACAUUCUAUGUUCUUUUCGUAAUACUAAAGUAAAAUGAGGAGCACAUAACCGCUUAUUGCCUUA